GCAAGUAGUUUAGUGUGACCGGUGCAUCAGUGCAGGUCACAGGAGAUGAAGCUGGAGAGGACCAACCUGGAGGCUUUGCAGAAGAAGCUGGAGGAGCUGGAGCUCGAUGAGCAGCAGCGGAAGCGCCUUGAGGCCUUUCUUACCCAGAAGCAGAAGGUGGGGGAACUGAAGGAUGAUGACUUUGAGAAGAUCAGUGAGCUGGGUGCUGGCAAUGGUGGUGUGGUGUUCAAGGUCUCCCACCAGCCGUCCGGCCUGGUUAUGGCCAGAAAGCUAAUUCACCUGGAGAUCAAACCUGCGAUCCGGAACCAGAUAAUAAGGGAGCUGCAGGUUCUCCAUGAGUGUAACUCCCCAUACAUUGUGGGCUUCUAUGGUGCAUUCUACAGCGAUGGAGAGAUCAGCAUCUGCAUGGAGCAUAUGGAUGGGGGUUCCUUGGAUCAAGUCCUGAAGAAAGCUGGAAGAAUUCCUGAACAAAUUUUAGGAAAAGUUAGCAUUGCUGUAAUAAAAGGCCUGACAUAUCUGAGGGAGAAACACAAGAUUAUGCAUAGAGAUGUCAAGCCUUCUAACAUCCUAGUGAACUCCCGUGGGGAGAUCAAGCUCUGUGACUUUGGAGUCAGCGGGCAGCUCAUCGACUCCAUGGCCAACUCCUUCGUGGGCACAAGAUCCUACAUGUCGCCAGAGAGACUCCAGGGGACUCAUUACUCGGUGCAGUCGGACAUCUGGAGCAUGGGGCUCUCUCUGGUUGAGAUGGCGGUUGGGAGGUAUCCCAUCCCUCCUCCAGAUGCCAAGGAGCUGGAGCUGAUGUUUGGGUGCCAGGUGGAGGGAGAUGCGGCUGAGACACCACCCCGGCCAAGGACCCCUGGGAGGCCCCUUAGCUCUUAUGGAAUGGACAGCCGACCGCCCAUGGCAAUUUUUGAGUUAUUGGAUUACAUAGUCAACGAGCCUCCUCCAAAACUGCCCAGUGGAGUAUUCAGUCUGGAAUUUCAAGAUUUUGUGAAUAAAUGCUUAAUAAAAAACCCUGCAGAGAGAGCAGAUUUGAAGCAACUCAUGGUUCAUGCUUUUAUCAAGAGAUCUGAUGCUGAGGAAGUGGAUUUUGCAGGUUGGCUCUGCUCCACCAUCGGCCUUAACCAGCCCAGCACACCAACCCAUGCGGCUGGUGUCUAAGCAUUUAGGAAACAGCAAAGAGCGAGUCCCUGCCCAGUGGCAUGUCAUGUUGCUUUCGGGCUUUUCCCAUGCCUCUGUUCAGAUUGCAUUUCACAUACGACAAAGGAUGAACUCAGCAUGUGCCAAAAUUCUGUUUGUGUCAUUUUUAAUAUUACCAUCCUUAUUCUGUUAUUCCCUAAGUGGAUUGGCUUUGUGCUUGGGGCUAUUUUGUGUGUGUCAAUGUUCAAAACAUGUGCCACGUUGAAUUACAGUGAAACCUUGGCGACUGUGAGUAGUCUUUCUUACUGAAUAUUGCACUGCUCUCCCCUCACCAUGAUUGGCUGGCCACCUGUAUUUUGGGGGAUUCUUUUGAUACUUGGUGGUACUUCAUUCUUGCUGGGCGUACCUUCUUUCUACUUGAGGAAGGAGCCUUGUGAGAGCCUUCACAGGCAGUGCAUGUGAAGCAUGCUUUGCUGCUAUGAAAAUAAGCAUCAGAACAUGUAUGUCAUGGUAUUUUAUUAUGUUUUUGCUUUUGGUAUAGAAUUCAGCAAUUUCCAUCAAAAUCUAGUCAGAGCCCUUCACUGCCAUGAUAAUUGGGGCUUCACCAGUCUGUCUACUCUGAUGAUUUAUAGACUUCUGGUCAUAUUUCUAUAUUUAUUUUUAAAUAUACUGUGUGGAUACUUAGUGGUAUCUGUCUCUUUAAGUUUGGAUUAGUGUUUCUAAAAUGGAGUUACUUUGAACGUUACAAGUGUAUCAAGGCAUUAAAAUGUAUGCGAUUUACCUUUCCCCAAAUCCAAGUAAUGAUGCUAUUGUAAACAAGUGUGUAUAGUGCCUAAAAAUUGUACGAAAAUCCUUUUAACCAUUUUAAUGCAAAUGUUUAACAAAUCUAAUCUCUUACUCUAAUAAAUAUACUAUCAAGUUAAAAGGCUGAAA